ACCCGAAAUCCAGCUGCCAAGGCUCCUCCCACCAUCCAUGGGCCCCGCCCCCGAGGGAUGGCCCCUUCUCUUUCCCCUCCUCCCUCCCUCCCCCUCCCUUCCCUAGCUCUCCCGUCCGUCCCCUCCCCUCCCUUUGGCGGCGGUGGCGCCUCCGACCGCCGCUGUCGCUGUCGCUGCUGGGCCCCCGAGCGCCACUGAGUUAUCCCGGAGGCUCAGCCGGGAUAUGAUCUGUGCCUGCCGCUAUUCCCGUUCCGCCGGCCCGCGCCUUCGUUGCAAUCCUGAGCCCGCGCCCGCUUGGCCGUGCGCUCUAGCGUCGGCUUCUGCCCCAGCCCGGGCCCCGCGGCGGCGGCUGCAGUGCCCCCCGGCCCGCCCCCUCCUCCCAUGGCGGCGGAGAUCCAGCCGAAGGCGCUGACCCGCAAGCCGGUCUUGCUGCAGCGAGUGGAAGGGUCCCAGGACGUGGUGAACAUGGCAGUGAUAGUGCCCAAGGAGGAGGGAGUCAUCAGCGUCUCCGAGGACAGAACAGUCCGGGUAUGGCUGAAGAGAGACAAUGGACAAUACUGGCCAAGCAUCUACCAUGCGAUGCCUUCUCCAUGUUCAUGCAUGUCUUUUAACCCGGAAACACGAAGACUGUCGAUAGGUCUAGACAAUGGUACAAUCUCAGAAUUUAUUUUAUCAGAAGAUUACAACAAGAUGACCCCUGUGAAAAACUACCAAGCUCACCAGAGCAGGGUGACGAUGGUCCUGUUUGUUCUGGAGAUGGAGUGGGUACUGAGCACGGGGCAGGACAAACACUUCACCUGGCACUGUUCAGAGAGCGGGCAGCGCCUGGGAGGUUACCGCACCACCUCUGGACCCUCUGGCCUGCAAUUUGAUGUUGAUACCCGACACGUGUUUGUGGGCGACCAUUCAGGACAAGUUACAAUCCUCAAACUGGAGCAAGAGCACUGCAGCCUUGUCACAACCAUCAAAGGACAUACAGGUGGGGUGACAGCUUUAUGCUGGGACCCAGUCCAUCGAGUGCUGUUCUCUGGCAGUUCUGAUCACUCCGUCAUCAUGUGGGACAUUGGUGGAAGGAAAGGAACGGCCAUCGAGCUCCAAGGACACAAUGACAAAGUCCAGGCUCUCUCCUAUGCUCCACACACUCGACAGCUCAUCUCUUGUGGAGGAGAUGGUGGCAUUGUGGUCUGGAACAUGGAUGUCCAGAGGCAAGAGACUCCUGAAUGGUUGGACAGUGAUUCCUGUCAGAAGUGUGACCAGCCUUUCUUCUGGAACUUCAAGCAAAUGUGGGACAGUAAAAAAAUUGGCUUGAGACAGCACCAUUGUAGGAAGUGUGGGAAGGCCGUCUGUGGCAAAUGCAGCUCCAAGCGUUCCUCCAUCCCGCUGAUGGGCUUUGAAUUUGAAGUGAGAGUCUGUGACAACUGUCACGAGUCCAUCACGGAUGAAGAACGUGCACCCACAGCUACCUUCCAUGACAGUAAACAUAAUAUUGUUCAUGUACAUUUUGAUGCAACUAGAGGAUGGUUAUUGACUUGUGGAACAGACAAAGUUAUUAAGUUGUGGGAUAUGACGCCAGUGGUAUCCUGAUGAUGUUUUCCAGAACCCAAAAAACAGUAUUUCCGGAAGCAACAGUCAUUCUGACCAGAGUCAUUGAGGAAGAGAAAAGUAAAGCUGAGUGUGGUGGGCAGUAAGGGAGAGACUCAAGAAUCCAAGUUCAUUUUAAGUCAUCUGAUAGUGUGGGGCAAACACUAGCAAGGAGACUUAUUUCAACUUAUUCACACAAUAGAAAAAGAUAUUUUUUUAAGCAAAUGGUUUGUACAAUCUGGCUGUGCUGCAGUGUUUUGAGUCUGUCUGAAAAAAAAUCUGUGUGGGAUGGCUGUUUAGUUUUUAAUAUUUCAGCACUUCCUUGUUCUUGCUGCUUUGUUUGUAUUGGGGAAGGGAGGGAGGUGUCUUUUGAGGGGGUGGGGGUGGUCUUUGUGGUUGCUCGUGUUCUCCACCUCAGGAUACAUUCUACCACAUGCUCAGCAUCACUUUGACCUCCCGCUCAUCACAAAUCUGCUCUCCAGAAAGAAUGUACUGAAGCUAUUUAUUGUUAAUGUUUCUGGGUUCAUCUCCAAUUCAGUGGAGACAUCUGUGAAGACCGACCGACUGCUCAGAGGAGCUAAGCAGCAAUGCCUGACUCCAUCCAUAUCAACUUCUCUAGUUUCCUGGACCACAGAAGGAAAAUGGAGUUUUUCCUGUCUUCCCCCUGCUUCUCCUAAAAAUAGUGGUUAAGCUGCCCCACAGCCACCUAAAAGAUAUCUAAGAAGUGGGUGAUUACAGCUGAGAGCAUCUCCCAUUAGUGUUAGCAUCUGUGUUAAUCUGAACUUAGCUAUAACCACACAAGCUAUUUUAAAUGAAAUUAUAGUGACUGGCCCCUCUUAGGUUUCACCAAACCACAUGUUAUAAAACCAAUUGUCUCUUAGUUAUGUGAACUUAAAUGUGUUCAUUUGUAUAAAAUUUUAAUUGAAUCUCUUAUUUUUUCUUCCCUAUUCAAACUACGCAUUAAGGGAAAAAAAAAGAUCAUGGAAUUGAUCAAGAUGCCCUGCAUACUUAAAUGUUCUAUCCCUUGAGAUAUUUGGUAUUGUGGAAUUCUUCAUUUUCAUGCUAUUUUCCUUUUAGGCAAAACUUUAACUUUUUAAAUGAAAUGUAAAAGAGUGCUUUUUAAAGUGAACCAAAAUGGCCUGCCUAUUAUUGUGGCAUUUUUUUAACUUCUUUCAUCUUGAACCCUAAAAGAAAUGGAAUGAAACCCAGCCAGGGAAAAUUGCUAGCUCUUCUAGAUGUGAAAAGGAGGAUCAAUCGCUUUCCUCUCUAGAAAGCUUAGAAAAUUUGCCCAUUUCUUAUCUAGAAAAUUUACUUUUUUAUUCUCUUUUAUGGACAACCUCAUUUCCACUUUACUGAAAUACCUUAUUUCCACUGUACCUUAUAUAUAUCUAAGUUUGGGAACUUUUUUCAAAAGAUAGAUUGAGGGUGGGAGGGGUAUGGAAAGUGUCCCUUUUAAUUUCCUCCUUUCUGGAAAGCAGAAAGUCUUACGGUACUACAGACUUAUAUUUAUCAUUUAUUUUUCCCCUUUCUUGGUUUUCUGGCAUGGCUCAUGGUUAGCGCCAGACUAGAAAACCAGGCCCUCGUGAUGGCAAGCUCUGCUUCCUGGUUCUGUGACCUCUUCAAUAACUUGGUGGUGGUUAUGACUGCCCAAGAGGCCUUGGGGAAAAUAACUGUGCAUUGCCUUAUUAAAUUGAACAUUUAUGCUUGUAAACAAGAAAUUCUAACAAAACACGGGGAGAGAAAUAUCCCCAUGUUACUGUAACUCACCCCCAGCUCUCCCAAAAGUGUACAUAGGACAAAAUACCGUAAGGAACAUAACCACUUACCACUUUUUUUUUUGCCUUCCCCAAAUCCUCUCCCUGCUAUCAAUAGCUGCUAUAAUCACUUUUGAAUGUCUUCUGCAUGUCUGUCUGUUUCAUUUGAGAGUUUUUAAAAAGAACCAGAUGACAUUCUGAUUUUUAAAAUAUUCAAAUGUCUAUAGUCUAUAUAUAUAUAUACAUGUAUAGUAUAUGCCUGGAUCUCAUUACCCUGUUACUAAUUUCUAAGUACUGAAAGGCAGAGGUGAUCCACAGAAAUGAGUAGAAGGCCUCCCGCUCCAUUUUGCCUUCUUCCCCUUUGCAUUCUGGCCAGUACAAGAAAAGGGAACUCUAGUAUUAAGGAAUUGAUGGGACAAGUACCCAUCAGGCCUAUGCACAUAUUCUCCAAAUGAGCCAAAAUCUCAUUGGACAAAUACUUGCACUCAUAUAGGAUCACACAUGAUUCUUUUAACUUACUGGCGUUUGACUUAAACAUGAUUUUUCUGCAUGGAUGUCUAUAUUCAAAAGCCUUUACAAGUCUUUUCAACACCAUAUUCCUAUCCAAACCCAAAGAUUUGCUCAUAGUUUAAAGCUAGUCAAGGUAUUCUCAAGUUUCAUCAGUGGUAUGAGUUUUGCUUUUAAAAAAAAAUACUGUGAUGUUUCUAAGCAUUCACUAAUUUACUUUUUCCUUCCCUUGUCUGAGUGUCCUUGAGGUCAUUUGGAUUCAGCAAACAUGGUUUAGCCACAUGAAGUGGUUAUCUUGGAAACUCUGUGAAUGCAUUAAUUUUUAACUUGUGUUUCUAUACCAGGGGUGGGGAACCUGCAGCCUUGAGGCUACAUGUAGCCCUCUAGGUCCUCAAGUGUAGCCCUUUGACUGAAUCUAAAGUUUGUAACCUCAAGACCACAAGUUCCCCAAGAAUUCUCUGCUUGUGGGAUAUCUCUCCACCAGGGACUUUCUGAAAGUGAAAGUUUCUGUCAGUCAGAAUUGGAAGCUGGCACCAGCCUCUUGCAUUUCUCAGUGGAGACUUUGGCUGUCUCUCUUAAGCUUCCUUUUCAAUUACAGUCCAUUUGGCUUGCCUUUGUACUUGACAUAUGUAACAUUGGCCUUCUUGGGAGCCUAAAGUUUACUCAAACUGGAUAUUUUUUGAAAACAGGAAAUUGUGAUGAUUUCACAGAAUUUUUAGAGUGGCCAUCUAGUCCAACUCAUACUCUAAGAAGGCGUCACCAUUACAACAAAAAAUCUUGUGAUUUUUUUCCCCUGCGUUUGACCCAAUAAAUAAAUAUCCCUUUAUUUCAUUCACUUCUUAGGGAUUAGCAUCACAAGAGGCAGCAAGUCUCCCAUAAUAGCAAAAAAAAAAUAGUUUCAGAUAAAGUAAAAUUUAAAGCCUUGUUUUGUUUCUCUGCCUGAGCAGCCAGUCCUUCUGAUUGACUUUUAAAUUGUCGCUCUCAUUUGCCUUAAUAAUUAAUAAAUGAGUCUUUGAAUAUCAGAACUGGAAAUGACCUCAAGAGGUCAUCUGCUAAGAAGCCCCACCCUCAGGCUGAGCCACACCUCAGUCACAGCUGGACAGAUCAGUAGUGAUGACAACAUUCUUUGGCUGAGGGAGGGGAUCCUUGGGAGGGUGGGGGAGGUCAGGAAUACAGUAGGACAUCUCUGGAGGAACUGUUGAUUUCUGGAAACUUACUUUAGGGGACUGUGAACAUCACCUGAUGUAACAAUACAGCCCUGGUCUUUGGAGUGAUUUGGAAGACUCUAUUCAGGCCACCGGUAGAAAAGAAGUAUCAUACCGCCAGGUCCUGAGUUCUUUUCUAUAAAGCAUGUUUGAUAUACUUUCUGCCACUAGCUUUGGUCAUGAGCGAGCAGGUUGGUGAGUAUGUAAUAACAGGGCCGUUGUGGCAGGUCUGUAUAUGCCCUUUUCAGAUGCCUCACCACUCAGCGCCACAGAGUCAGGAUUGAGGGUGGGAAUUCAGGUGCCCACAAGUGUAUUGUUUUUCUGAGGACAGACUGUGGAGGAACCAUUUCGGUGGGCUCUUCUUGGGAGAUAUCUCCCCUACUCAAUUAACACCCCCAUUCUUUUGAAACCUCAUUUUAAAAAAUAUUUGUUUUUGCUAGUGCUAAGUUUGUCAAUUGAACCCUAAUUUUGUCUUAAGAGAAGAGUGAUUGAAAAUUAAAGUAAUUAGACAUCGGUGUUCAGCAGAUGAGAUUCCCCUGUUUGUGAUCACAUUACAGGAUCUUAAGGGAUAGGGAGGACUGAACCUGUGAUUACACUGGUAACUCCUGGAUGAAGACAGUUCCUUUACCAAUACAGGUUGGCACCUUCACUGCACAAUUAUAGACUAGAGCAUUUGAAAGGUGAAAUGAUUCACCCAAGGUCAUACAGCUCCCAAGAAUCAGGGCCAGGACCUAAACCCUGUUCUCCCUGACUCUGAGGCCAGCUGUCUAUCCUCUGUCACAGCUGCCUCUUAAUUGUACAUAAAUGGUCUUGUCACCAAGGUUUACAUCUUAAAAUACUGGAAAUUAAAAGUCUUUCUUCCAAACAGUUUACAUUUUUCAUGCAGACCUAAGAAAUUCUUCAUUUUUGUCUCCUUUAAGAUAGUUUAAGCUGUACUGUGUGUGUGUGUGUGUGUGUGUGUGUGUGUGUGUGUGUAUGCGCACAUGGGUUCUUUUAAAGCAUGAAAGUAAGCAAGGAUUCAACAGCCUGAAUGGGAGAGACAAGAAUAAAAUUAAUUGUUAAAACUGGUUUGCCCACUUAAUUAAUUACCGUCUUACCGUGGUAUGAAGUGCCAAAAAAAAUACAGGAUGUCCCGAAAGUCUUCAGUGCAUUUCUAAGCUUUUAAAGGUUAAAACCACCCUAAGACUUUUGUAUAUUCCUGGAACCCUAUACAUUUUUGCUAUUAGAACACUGAUCUUUAGGGGGUUCAGAACCUAAGGAGAAACUUUGUUCCCAGUACUCUGUGCUUUGAAAGAUCACUGCUGUCAUUCCAGUUGAAAACCUCUCUUCUCAUCUCAAGGUUUCCUGUCCUUUGUAAAUGCCCAAAAUUGUUAGUUUGAAAUGGCCCCUAGUUUCAUCAACUUGUCAUUUGAUAAGCAUUAGGUAUUCUCAGGGUACCUAACCCAAUGGUUGUUUCAAUGGGAAGGCUAUAGAACACUACCUUCUACCUGUAUUUGUCCUUGUGGCAUUUACCUAUUAAGUUCAAGCUGUCCAUUACAGCCUGGCCACCACUCCCUCCUUCAUCCUGAAGCAGCCUCAGGACACCGCCAGCUGUUUGUAUUCCAAGACCUUUGGGAGAGUUAAGGCUGCAAGCUUGCUAGAGAGACAAUGGGAGGGCAUUGCUCUGUACAAUCCAAUUCUGUGAAACUUCACUUGGCCUUAAGUUAACUUCUAACUACAUGCUAUGUCCAGCACAGCUAAAUCUUUUGGUACGGAAGCUGGCAGCUGAAGCACUCCAUAUCCUUAGAAUUUUUUCAGAGAGGGAAUUAGAUGAACCCUGACUGUAACCAUACAUGUCAAGGAGAAUUAGGGUACUUUUCCCCCUAAAGAGAUAGAGAUAAAAGAGCUUGGUAUGGCUGUUGGGAUAUUUGGCCCUGCGGGGCUUCCAAAAUGCCAUUUUUUGCCUUUAUUAUCAAUACAGCUCCCAUUCCAUUUCUGCUGUAGGCUAGUUUUGCUUUCUAUUCCCAAUGUCUAAAGUAUUUUAUGACUGAGUAAUGUAAAAUCAUCUUCAUUUUUAAACCUCAUCUCAGCCAGCCUUGCAGAUAAGAACUCAAAACUUAACAAACCAUACCAUUAUUUUUAACAUCACUGUUUCUACCACUGUAAUUUACAGUUAAUAAAAUUAGUAGAAUUCUGUGUCCAUUAUUGGGCUUAUAAGCCAGCCACUACCAGGGCUAGGCAAGUGAUUAUCUGCAAGGCUUGAUUAAGCCAGAUAAACGAGAGAAGACCACUCUCCCUUAGUUUCCUCUAUCAAAUUCCAAGAAAGCACAGUCUAUAUUUUUUAUCUAUAGUUACAUGGAUAUUUUAUUAGGGAAAGGGGAGAUAAAGGGGAUGGUGGCUAAUCACUGUACAGUUUCCUAAAGAGAUGUUUCAAGUAUUCCCUCUUGUGAUUCUCCCUCAUCACCUUCCACCUGUUGUACCUUUUUGUGUCUUAUUGUGUCUCUUCUCCCUACCCCCACCCCCAAUUCCAUAAGCUCCUUGAGUUCAGGGACUCUCUUACGUUUCAUUAAUUGAAUUAUAUUUCUUUGUCCCCAGCACUUAGCCUGGUGCCUUGUAUGUUGGAGACGACAAAUGUUUGUUGAAUUGGGUCAGCGAUCAUAAAAGAAUCAAACUCACUUAGGAAAAAGACACUGAAAUUACAUGUCAAUUUGAUGAUCCGAUUAGAAACGAGGAGGCAUAUUUGACUCAGAUCAGGCCUUGCCACUUUGGACCUUUUUUUCUUUCUCUAAUUAAUGGAGAGGGAAGACUAUUGCUAAUAUAAAGGGAGUAUUGGUUUGUUUAUAUUUGCGUUUGUAUCUUUUGUUAUUCAAUGAUAAAAGCACUUUGCAGCACUAGAAUAUACCAACAUAAUGGAUGGACCAAAACACUUGUUUCUUUUAACCAUUACAUCUUUAGUGGUGUUUGAUGUUAAUUGAUAUUACUUGUUUAAGGAUAUAUUUUUCAAUGUGUUGUCAUUUUGCAAAAGAAAAAAGUUAUGUCAGGAGCUCAAAAUCUAUUACAUACUGAACAACUUGGAAAGUACUUGGCCAAGUAAAAGCUAGUUAUAGGGCCUGCUUCUGACUUACCAUAGUCAAGAACAUGGCUCCUGCACUUCUGUCUGUAUUACCCCCCAUCAGCCUCUAUGGGGCAGAUCUUUAAUUGGUUGCAAUAGCCCUAUUUUAUACAUUUAUUGGGGCUCCUCUUUUAAAAUGAGGAAUUUCAGGGUGAAAAUGUAAUAAACACAAAAGUUGGAGUGAAUCUCUUGAAUGUUGGUCUGUUUUUAAGCCCUCUAUCCUUUGCUCUGGAUAUGAGAACAAAAUACUGCUAAAUAAACACAAAAGUUGGAGUGAAUCUCUUGAAUGUUGGUCUGUUUUUAAGCCCUCUAUCCUUUGCUCUGGAUAUGAGAACAAAAUACUGCUAAGUCCUCAGCAACCAGAUCUUGCCACCUGCUUCGAGACAGCCAUCUUAACAUUAUCUUCAGGAAAUUUCUGUUCCAAUUACAAAGGGAUUCUAUAUUGUAGUAGGUAAUAAAAAUUAAAGAAAAAUACAUAUCUAAUAUGAUAAAAUGCUGCGGAAUGGCAUGGUUAUCCUCCUCCUACUCCCUUUUCCUCUGUCUCUUCCAUGUAACUGAAAUGUAUGUUUGUUCAUUCAGUGAUGUAAUGGAUUCAUUGAAAAGCUGCCUCCAUGGUUCUAAAAUAAACCUUUGUGAAACCUUC